AUGUUGGGCGACUCAACGCUUGAGGAUCUCGGCAAUGGCGGUGUCAUCGCUGCGGCCGUGCUUGCCGUCCUGCUGGUGGCGCUCAGCACGUACGGCCGUCGUUUGUGCCGGCACCCGGCAGUCCGCUUCUUCGUGUGGGGUGCCUCCAUGGUAUUCCUGCCGCUCUCCUCCGCCAUCCUCUCCGCCCUACUGAGCAGGGUCCAGGAGUCCAAGCACGAGAACCCUAACUCCCCUACCGGUCGUCGCAACCCCGACGUCCAGAACAUGUGGACGCUCCUCCUGUGGCUCGUGCUCAUCCUCACCCUCAAGUGCAACGCGAACAUGGCCGCGACGGCAGUCACCGCUGCGGCCUCCUCGCCUGCGGAGGGUGACGCUGGCGUCGACGGCUACAGCAUCAGGCCCCCCGUGGAGAACCUCGCGGCGUACGCCUGGCUGGCCUACCUUAUCUGGCUCUGCGUUCCGGUGGCGGUAUGGCUGGGCCAUCUCAACAAAGCCAUCUUCUUCCUGUUCAGCGCGCUUGGUCUCGCCAAGCUGGCGCUCAAGCUGGCUGCCUUCUACAGCGCGAGCGGCUCGUUCGCGCUGGGUAAGAACGCGCGCCUGAUCGCCGGCUACAUGGAGCAGCUCGUCGCCGACGGUGGCCUGGAACAAGUGCCGCGCUACAUAGUGAUGGGAGAGAAGAAGAAGCACGUCGAGGAGAGCCCUCGGGGAUACCGCGUAAAGCGCGACGCCCUGCAGGACAAGUUCAGCGGCCUUGUCACACUGGACCGCGUGUGGCGGCUGGCUGAGCACGGGGAUGGCGUCCUCGCCGAGAGGGUGGAGCUCAGGGACCUCUGCCUCUCCUACUCGCUCUUCAAGAUCCUGCGGCGGCGGCUGUCAGGGUACCCUCUGGCCGACGCUGGGUCCGUUGAGACGCUUAGCUUCGUGCUCAGAGGCAUGGACAGCGCCGGCACGGGCGGCGCGAUCAACGCCGACAGGGUGUUCCGUGUCCUCGUGGACGAGCUCUGGUUUGCAAGUGAUUUCUACUACUCUCCCAUCCCGUUGUGCAUCUUCGGCGGAUGGUGCGCCGCGCUCAACUACAUCUGUUCCGUCCUAAUCAUCGUCGGAGCCGUCGCUGUGGGAUGGAUUUAUCAGGUCAAGGGUGUGAUACACUACACGUCGUAUAAGGUCAUCACUUACUUCCUCCUACUCACCGUCGUGCUCGUCGAGGCAUGGGAGAUCGUCGCCAGCGUAUGCUCCAACUGGACAAAGAUGGCGCUGCUCGGCCACUACAUAAGGCACCAGUCGCUGUGGCGCCGAUCCAGCUGCUUCCACGUGGCGCUCACUGCGAACUCGGUGCUGGAGCCUCGCCGCUUCCGCAGGCGGACCGGGCUUCUCUCGGAGCUACUCUACGGCAGUUCGGGGCUCAUGAAGUCCCUUCCGGUGUCGCCGUUAGUCAGGGACGCGGUGCUCCGGUCACUCCUGAGCAGCUACGGGGACGGGGCGAGCCAAGACAGUGCAGCGGCACGCCGAGUCGGUGGCAAGGUGGACUGGGCGAUGUACGGCUCCCACAAGAGCUGGGCGUGGGACGCUGACGGGAGCAGCAACACGGAACUGAUCCUCGUGUGGCACGUCGGCACGAGGCUCUUAGAGAUGAAGUCGACGUCAGCAUCGCCGGAUAUGAUCGCCGCCUGCCACCUCUCCUACUACUGCGCCUACCUGGUAGCGGUGGCGCCGGAGCUGCUGCCGGACUCCGCGGCUUGGACCAGGAGACGGUACAAGGAAGUGUCCGACGACGUGCGCGCCGCGCUUGGUGCGGAUGGCGGCGGUGGCGGCACCGAGUCAACCGCGGAGAGGUAUGAACGGCUAUUGGCGGAGCUGAGCAAGGACUCGCGGGACACGGUGCUGCGGCGGGGCGCGGAGCUCGGCCGGCACCUGGUGGAAGAGUACGCCGAGGACGAGGCGUCGGCCUGCAGGAUCCUGGCCGACUUCUGGGCGGAGAUGCUGCUCUUCGUGGCGCCGUCGGAGAAUGUCAAGGGCCACGUCCAGGCCAUGGCGCGCGGCGGCGAGUUUAUCACGCUCGUCUGGGUGUUGCUUCUCCACGCUGGCGUCACCACAAGGCCUAACACCACGCCGGGCGGUGCUAUCCCGUAA